UGCAUCAGAGAGACAUCCAACGAAAACACCAUCUAUUGCAUUUCUUUCAGACUUAUUUUGGGCUGAAUCAGGCAAUUGUCCCAACGACACCCAUUUGAAGCUUACACACAUCCCCCUCCGAUAGGGUUGACCUGCGCUGCAAGUGCCCGGCUCCCCGCUCACCUCAACGUCAAAGGCGGGGAAGGAUUCCAUCACCAUUCGAUAAACAAGUUUCUGGAACCAUCUCCUUCAUCACCAAAACCAACACAUCGCUGGCUCACGUGCUGACUCCCAAAUAUGGCGGGUCCCCUCAUACCCCUCGCCGAGAUCCCGACCGUUUCACUCCUGUACAAACUGAAGCGGCUGGUUCCCGCCGCGUCCCCGCUGGCCCAGCCGUCCAAGGCCUUUAACGACACGAUCGCGUUGAUCCGCAACGACAUCACAAAGCUUCAAGGGGUUGACUGCAUUGUCAACGCCGCAAACGAAAGUCUUCUGGGUGGCGGGGGCGUCGACGGAGUCAUUCACCGCGCCGCGGGCCCCGACCUACUACGCGAGUGUCGCACCUUGGAUGGCUGCGACACAGGCGACGCCAAGAUCACCGCUGCGUACGAGCUCCCCUGCAAACGAGUGAUCCACACUGUCGGACCGAUUUACGAAUCCGAGCGCCGGCGCGGGGGGCCCCGGCGGCCCGAGUCGCUGCUCCGGAGCUGCUACCGUCGUAGCUUGGAGCUGGCGGUGGAGAAUGACAUGAAGAGCAUCGCGUUCUCCGCCGUCAGCACGGGGGUCUACGGAUACCCGAGCGAGGCUGCGGCCAGGGCGGUGCUGGACGAGACGCGCCGGUUCUUGGAGGCUGAUGGGAAUAUCGGCAAGCUGGAGCGCAUCAUCUUUUGUAAUUUUGAGCGCAAGGACGAGGCAGCCUAUGAGAAGCUCGUACCUUUGAUCUUCCCGCCCGAGGAUCAAGAGGUUCCCAGCACUACGGACGGCGGCAUCGAGCAGACCGAAUCCCAGCCAGCAAGCACUGAUGGUGAGUCCUUACCGUCGUCCGCGAUCCUCGCAGCCAAGCUGCCCGAUGCGCCCACCAUGGAGCCCGGACUGGAUGGCCAACCGGAGACCAAGAAACAGAGGGUUAACGAGACCGGUACCGAGCAGCGAGGAAAGAGUCACAUUGAGGAUUUCUCCAUCAGAUCGGAUGACGACUGGGAGGAGGUUGACAAGUCCGAGGACGGCCGCACCGAGAGACUGGACGAUGACCCGGUCGAGGUCGACCGGCCUCCCUCUGCCACCGAUGUGCAGAGUGUCCAAUCAAGUGGCAUCAUCGAGAUGGAUGGGUCGCAAUCUUCGGACGGCAUUCUGUCGAAAGACAGCCUCAUGGUAAAAGAUUGGUGAUUGAGAUGGCGGACUUCGGAAGAAUGAUACGAUGCACAGAACUUAUGACAAUACCUUCUGUUGAAUGGCUGGCGUUUGCGGUCUUUGCAACUGGAGCUUAAGCAGAAGCACACUACCCUUGACACUGUUGACACUGAGACUCCCAUCAAUCACGAUAGUAAAUGUAUUUUCAGUUCGUAUUGGAGGUCCUCCUCAG